CGGCUGCGGCUGCCAUGAGGUCAGUUCACGGCUGCGGCAGCCGAGUAGCUGGCGUCGCUGGGACGGUGCGGCGGCGAGUUGGCGAGUGAGAGACCCAGACGUUGCCCCGCCAUGUGGCUGUGGUACAGUCUGGUGCUGCUCGCAGUGGCUGCCGCGUUGUUGCUACUCUACCUGCACUCCGUCAACCAGCACUGGAGGAAACUGGGGAUCGCGCACCCCAAGCCGCAACUCUUCUUUGGGAACACCCGCCGCCUGUUCCUCCUCAAGGAAUGCCUCCCAGAGGCGCUGGACCGGGUCUAUCACCAGCUGGAGGGACUGUCGUUCGGGGGUUUCUACCUCAUGACGAGGCCUUGUCUUCUACUGAGGGACGUCAGCCUCAUCAACAGAAUAUUCGUCGGAGACUUUGGACAUUUUCACGACAGGAUGAACUUCCCGCAAUACAAAAAGGACCCGAUGAUGCAACACUUGUGCACCAUGGGCGGCUCCAUGUGGAAGGAGAUGCGCCUCCGCAUGUCGCAGGUGUUUUCCGUGGGCCACACGCGCCGCGUCUUCUUCGUGGUGCAGGAGUGCUGCGCGCGCCUCCAGAAGUCCGUGGAGGCGGCCAUCCGGCGCCAGCCCGGCUGCGAGGUGGAGCUCAAGGAGCUGGUCUCCUCGUUCACCACUGACGUCAUCGGAGUGUACGCCUUCGGGAUCGAGUGUGGUGCAAUUGAUGACGCCAACUCGCAGUUUCGUCGCAUCAGCAGCAUGGUGUUUGACACUUCGGCCACUAAUGCGUUUCGGCAGAUUCUCUUCCUAAUUUUGCCAGCACUGGCCGCUCUACCCGGGAUGAGCUUCUUUUCUACGGCCGUGACGGAGUUCUUCGACAGAAUCUCAGCGGAAACUGUGCAGUACAGGGUGAAGAAUAAAGUCCUCCGCGAUGACCUAGUUCACCUGAUGAUGACGCUGAAACAGAAAGGGCUCCUGAUAACGGAGGAAGGAGAGUCUAUAGAAAUCAGCGACAAGUUUAUGGCAGCGCAGCUCCACAUAGUGUUCGCACUCGGCUUCGAGAUGACUUCUACGGCGAUGAGCUUCUGCCUGCACGAGCUGGCCAUGAACCCAGGAGUGCAGACCAAGGCGCGAGUCGAGGUAGACGCAGUACUCAGCCGACACGGUGGCGAAAUCACGUACGAAGCACUCCAGGAGAUGCGGUACCUGGACAUGGUGGUUGCUGAGACUCUACGCCUGUACCCGCCAAUGGGCUUCCUAAUGCGGCAGUGUACGGGGGAGCCGUACCAGGUGCCGGGCAGCGACCUGCGCCUGCGCGUGGGGGACGUGGUGUACGUGCCGCUGCUGUCGCUGCACCGCGACCCGCGCCUCUUCCCUGAGCCGCUGCGCUUCAACCCGGAGCGCUUCAGCGGCGGACACGCCCACCCAGCCUACCUGCCGUUUGGCGCCGGACCACGAACCUGUCUCGGUCAGACGUUCUCUCUGGUCGAGGUGAAAGCUGGGCUGGCGGCUCUGCUGUCGCGCUUCGAGUUCUGGGGGUGCGCGCGCUCAGCUGGCAGUCCAAUCCCGCUGGAGCCUCGCAAGGUCAUCCUGGCGGCAGCCAAUGGGCUGUAUGUCCGAGUCACACCCAGAGCGUGGCUGCCUGUCAACUGAGCGCCUGAAGAUACGCAACAGUUCAGAAACGUUACGCUGCUGUUUCGGGCAUCUCUGUUACAUCUGUCCUAGUAGUCGGUGGCAGGUGACACAUUUGUACCAUAACUAGUCUGUUUCUGGCAGAGUAAUCCCCCUAGAGUAAUUUGACAUUGUACUAGCAUCACAGAGGGUGAAACUUACGUAUGUAGGUCCAUGAAGUGAGCGUCUCACAGCGACAAAGCUGGAGAAAUGCGUAUGUCAAAAAAAUACAACAGCUGGUGCCACUCGGUGCUGUACUCUUUCUUGCUAAGUCAUUGCUAAUUCAAUCUCACACUGGUUAUACACAUCAUGUUCCUGACACUGACAGCUCUACACGCAGCUGCCGAAGAUGCUCUGGGGUAUGCAGCUGCUAUAAUGCAAGCGAUAAGUUGACUCCUACUCUUGCAGUGCCCCAGACCCAGCUGAGUGGCAUGAGAUAAUUCCUCUUCACUCACCCUCAGUUAUGCAACUGAAGGUAAGUGUCUGUUCAGAAACUUUAAGUUUGGUGUUGUGAUAAAUCAUCUGGAAACACAGCCCCACACCAGCUGCACAAGGGUCUUGCUUGUUUCAGUUAUGCGAAUUCUGUCCACUGAUAUGUUCGUUAUACUUCAGUUCAAAAGUGGCUUAAUUAUAUAUGGAUAUAGUAUCCGUGCACUCAUAUUAGAAAGUUGUAUCCUGACACAAUAAAUCUGCCGCAAUACAGCUGAAAGAGUAGACGAAAUAGUCAAAUGGAUGAGAGAUAAUUAUAUAUUUAAAGUUGUGAGACAUUACUUCGUUCAAAGGGCAUUUUCAGAUACAAUUUACUCUUCUAAUAGCGCCUCCAUUUCGUUGUUGUAAUUUUCCAAGUUGUACAUAAAAAAUUACAUUAUUUGUAUGCUGUGUUUUGUACUGAUUAUAUGUAACCAAGGUUUUACAAUUUUCAUUUUUAUCACAUUUAAAUGCAUACCCAGUGUCAUGUAUAAUGAUUUCUUUUUGUACAUUCAUUUCUUACGUUAAUUGUUUUAGUUUGUUGUAACGUUACACACAUGCAGGCGAGCGGUUUGGCCGCUUAGAGUUGGUACUUAGAGAGGUGAACCUGAUUGCAUGGCUGAGUGCGAGUCAGUGGGGAUAGGAAGUCAUGCGGGCUCACCAGGUAAGCUCAGGUAACAAGGCAAUCAGCCUCAGUUGCUGGAAAUGGGUACAUCCUAAUGGAGAUGAAGAUGACAAUGGUUACUCACAUGGUUGGUGUAGGAGAUGUAGGAAAAAUGGCGAACUUUAAGAGAGUCUGAACUAAGGCAGCUUAUUGCUCACAGAAAUACUACAGUAAAUGACAGUUACAUAAUAUAGCAAAUCUGAAUACAGCAGCUAUGUCAGAAAAAUGAGGCACAUCCCGUAAAACAAUAAUAUUUUCAAUAAGUUAAAAAAUGCAAAAUUUAAUAUUUUACAGUCACUAAAUGUUUUCACAAUCAGCAUUUGAAUUAACGACUUUUAAAUGGUUCAUGCAGUAUCAACAAACGAUACCUCAGAUAACAGCUUUGCACUAUAGCUACCAUUCCUGAAUUUCAAUCGUCUGUAUCUACUUUUUUUAUUGAUUUAUCAUGUUUUGAGAUCUCUUAAUUAUGCAGUAGUUCGUCCAAACAUCAUAUCCUGUACAGUAACUCAGCAUUAAUACGUCAUAUCUUGUUGUAUUUGUGUAGUUAUUCAAGGAAUAUUUUUUCCAUGUUUGCCAGUAACUUAAUUUAAACAUAAUUACAACCGUACAAAAAAAAAAAAUUAAAACCGGUCGGUCACAUAUGUUAGCUGACACCGCUACUGAAAAGAGUACCAAAAGACGUUUCUUCCUACCAGACAUCAAUAAUUGUGUAAGCAAUACGUAACUAAAAUCAGUUGUCAUUCAAUGUGAGUGCACUUGCGUAAGAGUAACCGUCAGUUUAUUUUUGAACAAACUUAAACUUAUAUUUAUUGUAAAUCAUCUGAAUGUUACUGAAUGUUUAUAACAAUUUUUUAUUUAAAUAUUGUUGUUAUAGUUUAGUUUAGGGCAGAAAGUGUGAGUCUGAGUCAAAACCAUGUCUCGAGAAUUUAAGAAAGAUGUACUUUUGG